AUGGCUAAAUUGUGCGUAGUCCUGUUCCUUUGCGCCUCAGCUUUCGCGCUCGCCACAGCUGCCACCAUACGCGAUCGCCCCCUGGCGAUAGGCAAGCCAGUGGUUGCCGUUGUGCAGACCGAGAAGGAGAAGGAGUUCGUGCCAAUUGUGAAAUCGGUGGCAGAGCGCAAAGAUGAUGGCUCUUUCGUCUUCUCUUACGAGGGUGCCGAUGGCACGCAGCGUGAGGAGGUUGGCAUUGUAAAGAACGCCGGCACCGACGAGGAGACUUUGGAGGUUUCGGGCUCUUACCGUUACUACGAUGCCGAUGGUCAGCUGAUCGAAGUGCGUUAUACCGCGGGCGAAAAUGGUUUUGUGCCACAAGGCACGAAUAUUCCACAAGAAAUCACGGCAGCAGCGCACGCCGCAGCUGAGGUGGCGCGUCGUCAGCCGGUAGAAGUGAAAUGA